AUGUCAAAUGAAACAGCGUCUAUGAGAGAAAUACAACACAACCGACAACUCAUUAUACAAGCUCUAAAUAAGAACACAACAAACUUUUCAAACUAUUCUAAGAUAUCUGAGUCAUUGAAAGAAGGAAACUUAAAACUGACAUUAAACCCAAUGACAGAUGAGUUUCUGUUUCAAGACAAUAAGAACCAUACUCUUUGUAUAAAUCCAACAAAAGGAACUUUAAACGAGAAACCUAUAAAAGAACUUCUUUUGAAAGCAGAUGUUGACAACAAAGCAGACAAAACAUAUGUAGACGAUGCAAUAGCAAAAGAAGAAGAAAGAGCUAACAAAGCUUAUGCAACAAAAGAACAUACUCAUCCUGAACUAGCAGACAAAACAUAUGUUGACAAUAAAAUGUCAAGUGAAGUGACAAGAGCUGAAAACGAAUAUUCUAAAAAGACUCAUACACAUACCAUUGCAAAUAUUACAAACUUACAAGAAACCUUAGAGACAAAAGCAAAUAAGACUCAUACACAUACCAUUGCAAAUAUUACAAACUUACAAGAAACCUUAAACAGGAAAAGUGACGUUGGACAUACACAUACAAGUUUUACAACUGUUGCUAUAGAAAAUAUUGAAGGAACGGUUGAAGAACCUGAUGGGGAUGUAUUAUAUUGGAAACCUCCUAACUUUCCACAAGGUUUAACAUCGGAUGAAAACAUAACAACGAUGAAAUACAUUAGAUGUAGAAAUGUUUAUGCCAUGGAGGAUGAAAAAAACGUUAAAUUCACUGCUCAAGAUUUAUAUGAGAAGAAAGCAGACAAAACAGAGCUUCAAACAUUAAAGACGGAAAUACUUCAAACAUUAUAUCCUAUAGGCUCUAUUUAUACGUCAAUGAACUCUACCAGACCAGAAGUAGUACUUGGUUUUGGAACUUGGACUCAAAUAGUCGACAGGUUUUUGUAUUGUGCAAACUCUUCAAAGGAAACAGGUGGAAGUAAAACGAUUUCAGGUGAAAACUUACCUGCGCACAGUCACUACAUAGAUUUAAGUACAUCUCAAGCAGGUUGGCAUAAGCAUAAAUUUUGGGAUUGGUCAGCAAUGACAAAAGGUAAAGGAUAUGAUGUUAAAGACAACGUUCAGUUUGCUAUAAAUUGUUUCUGGGGUAACACUCAGGGAGAUGGAAACCAUACACAUCGCGUUUCAGGGUAUACGCAAACAACGGGACAAAGUAAAGACUACAUGCCACCUUACAUGACAGUUUACGCAUGGUAUAGAAAUGCUUAG